AUGAAGGAUGAUAUUUUUUUGAAUAAAGCGGAGUUAUUAAAAAGCGAAAAUAUAAUGAAGGUUAUGAAAGAUCCCAUGGAAUUUGUAAUAGAAGCAAAUAAAUAUAAAACAAUAUUCGAAAUAAAAAAUGAUCUUGAGUUAAUGAAAAAUAUAAUUCAUAAUGAUAUUAUAAAAAUUUUGAAUAGAAAUUCUGAGGAAUUUAUGUCAUUACCAUCAAAUUUAAACAUUAUUGAAAAUGCAAUACCAAUUUUAGAAAAAGAAGUUAAAAUUUCUAAAAAUUUUGUUAAAAAAUUAUUAAGUGAAAUAAAUACUAUUAAUGAUAACACUCAUCAAAUAUUAAUAGAUAAAAUCAAUAUUUAUUACAUUAAAAAUAUUCUAAAUAAUAAUAUUGAAAUAGAGCAAUUACUAAAUAAGAUACAAAAGGAAAUUGGGAGAUAUGAAAAAUCUGAAAAUUAUAUUUUUUUAGUAGAUAUACAAAAUAAAUUUAAUUUAAGUAGUGAUGACAUAACUAACAGUAUUAUAGAGGAUUUAUGUAAAAAUAAUUCUUACAUUCUUUACCAUUUAAGUCAAAGAAUAAUAAAUUUAUCUAAAGGGAUAUGGAAAAUAAAGGCAAUGUUAUAUAAUAAUUAUAAAAGAAUAAAUAAAAUAUCUAAUAGUUUAGAAGAUUUUAAUAAUCUUAUUAUAAAAUAUGGCAUUUCAGCUAAAUGUGAUAAUGAAAUUAUAGAAUUAACUAAAAAUUAUUCCUACGAGAGAUUUAAUAAUAAUUUAAAAUGUAUUAUUAAUCAGUUAAAAAAAUGGAUAAAUCAGUUGUCUUAUAUUUUUUUAAAAAUAAUGAAAAAUAAUUUUUUAAAAAAUAUAUGUGAAAAUUUUAUUUUGAAUCAAUCAAUGAAUUAUAUUUUAAAUACAUGUUAUAUACUUAACUAUUUUGAUGUAUUUGUUAUACAAUUCCAUGAGAUAUAUAUUAAUGAUAUUGAACAUAAAGAUUUUGAAUCAUAUGAUGGAUUUUUAUUAUAUCUAAAAAAAAAUAUUUUGGAAAAUAAAAAUGUUAUUGAAAUAUGUGAAAGAAUAGAUGAAAUAGAUGAAAAUAUUUCUUUUUGUACUAUAGGAAUUGUUGAGAAAAUUUUAGGCAUUAUAAAAAGUAAAUUCCCUGAUAUAUUUCUAUUAAAAUAUUGUGAUAUUUUUAUUGAAAACUAUGUAAAAACGUCUAAUUUUUUAAAUGAAAUAAAAAAAGAGAGAAGAACUUAUGAGCAAUAUGUACUCAAUGACAAAAUUAAUGAAUUUUUAAAAAAUUUUGAAACGGAAGCAUAUACGCAAUAUAUUUUAAAUGUAUUAGAAAAUAAAAUAAACGAAAAUUAUAAGAAUAUUAUUUUGUUUGAUAAAAAAUAUAUUUUUGAUAAUAAUUUUUAUUGGUUAAAGGAAACAAUAAAUUUAAUCAAAAUCUUUAAAAUUUUGUUUACGAGUAAAUAUUAUAUUUCUAACUGUUUGUUUAAUUAUCUAUCUUUUAUAUUUAAGCAUUUCAAAAAUUAUAUUUGUAAUAUUGAAACCUUUUUAUCAUUUCUAGAAGAAAAUAGUAAUAUUAAAAUUGGUCAUAUAGAUAAAACAAAAUUUAAUUGGAGUCCAACAUUAAGUUAUAAUAGUAUAGGUUUUUUCUUAUCUGAUUUUUUAUCUCUAAGAAAAAUCUUUAAAACAAAUUAUAAAAUAAAAAGUUUCAUUAGAAACAAUAAGUUUAUUGUACCAAAAAAUAUAGGAGAUGUACCUAAUUGGAUAUUUACAAAAAUUCUUUCUAAUUAUUAUAACUUUUAUUAUGAUCACUUUAAUAGUUCUUAUAUAAGUAAUUUAAUAUCCUCAUCUGAAAAUGAAGAAAAUAUAAAUGAUAUCCUUAAGGAGAAAACUAAUUUUUCUGAUAUAAGUAAUUAUAUGAAUGACUAUUUUAAUUUAGAUUGUGAUAAAAUAAAAUUUAUAAAAAAUGAUAAAGAUAAUUUGCUGAUGAAAAAUGAUAAAAUGGAAAAUUCAGAAUUAAAUCAGGAAAUUAAAAACAGAAAUGAACCAUUAGAUGAAAAUGAAAAAGAAAAAAACAAUGUAAAUAACCCUAUAUAUAAUGAAGAUAAAGAAAAUAAAAAUAUUAAUACUAAUAUGAAUAAUAAUGAAAAUAAAAAUAUCAAUAACUUUAAAAAUGUAAUAGAUCAAGAAGCGAAAGAAAAUGAUGAAUUGAAAUUCAAAGAAAAAAAAACAACUUUUAAAAUAGGAAAGGAUAAUAAAAAUUUUUUAAAAGAAAAAAAAAAAGAAAUGAAAUUAAAUUUACACAUAUACCAAAGAAAUAACACAAAAAAAAUAAUACAUGAUAUAAAUUGCAUAAAUGGAUUUUUAAAAACUAUGUCUGAAAUCCUUAUAAAUACACAAAAAUCAUUUGAAGAAGUUUUUAUUAAUAAAAUGUUCGAAAUAUGCUCAAGCUUUUUAGUGUAUUUGCAUUCUUUGAUAGCUAUGUAUAAAAUGACUAACAAACCAGUUCCAAAAAAACCAAGUGAACAAGUUGACAAAAUCAUUCUUCCAUUAAUUUCAUUUAAAGAUUUUUAUCAAGAUAUAAUAGCAGAUAUUAUAAUUGAAGAAAUAAUAACAAAAAUCGUUGAUAAAAUAAGUGAUCAUUAUCUUCAAGAAAUAAAGAAUAUAAUUAAUGUAAAAAUUAGUGAACAGAAUGAAAAGAUAAUAAAAUUAAAUUUAACUGAUUCAUUAAAAGAAAAUGAUAUACUUGAUGAUGAAAAAAUACAAAGACAAAUAUUUUUAGAUGUAUGUCAUUAUGAAAAAAUAUGUGAUAAUCAUUUUAACAUAAACAAGAACACAAAUACAAGUAUGAAUACAUUAUUGAAUCAUUUUGCCUUAAAAAAUUAA